GUGGAGUUUGUUACUGAGGAGUGAGCAAGAUUCUGUCAAUGAGGGAGUUGCAGUUGAAAGCAGAGGAGAGCAGACAGGUAGGGAAGAAGAAGAAGAGGUGCCAGAUGUUAGCAGAUCAGCUCCUGACCGAUCAUGUGAAGCGGUAAAAAGCAGAUCAGACUUGCCACAAUAACAUCAUAAAACCAGAGGAAAAUGAAGCUUCUUCUGAAGAGAGAGACCAGUCCUUGAAGACCCUACAGGACACCGGCUUGUGACUGACAGUGAUGGGUUCACGGGGUCAAACACUGGCCUGGACCUUGCUUCCAGUGCUUCUGCUGGGAAUGACCUGCUCGUCACACGGCUCCCUUGUGAAAGUCAAUAAGGGUUUAAAGGUGAAACGGGGUCAGUCGGCCUACCUCCAGGACGGUGACCUGCAGUUCCAUAUUCCCCGUCAGAAGGAUGCAUGCAAGCUGGAGGUGGUGUUAAAUGAGCCCAUAACUCAACGAGUGGGAAAAGUCAUGCCUCAGGUAUUCGAUUGCCACUAUCUGGCUGACGAGGUCAAGUACGUCCAUAACGGCUGUCCAUUGUUAAAGGAGGACACUGUCAUGCUUCGGCUUUACAGGUUCACAGAGACAGAGACACACAUGGAGGUGUUUUCUCUCCAUGUGGACAUUUUAGACCCUGACUGCAGCAUCAUAAAGCUGGGGCCCAAAUCCCUGGAGGUUCCUGAAUUCUACGGCCUCUCCGAUGCCGUGGAUGGCAAUGUGGUGUCCUUCCACUAUGAGCGGAGGUCUAGCCUUGAGUGCAGCAUCCAUUUGAGUAGCCAUGACACCCACCUGCCAGCCCACGGCCAACUGGUCACCGGAGACCCAGAGAAAGCCACAACAAGAGGGGACGAGCCAGAGAGCUUCAUCCACCUACGCCAGCAGCUAGAUAAUAAAGCCAGAGCAAUGUGUAAAUCUGAAGACUGCCUAAAGGGUCUGAAGCUGGUGAAGUUCACCAAAAUUCCCUGUGAUGACUUCCUGAUGAUGGGGCUGAGGUAUCAGCACAUAGACCCUCCGUCUCCAGACGUAGACUACAUCGCCAUCAGACUGGAUCUCAAGGACACCAGGAGUGGCAGCAUAUAUCAGUCCGAACAGGCCUGGAUUCCAGUGCAGAUACUCGGUGCAAUGCCCAACCAGCCUCCCAAACCGUCCUUCAUGUCCAUGUUUAUCCUGGAAGUGGACCAGUUCAUCCUCACUCCGCUCUCCACUGCGACACUAGACACCGAGGAUGAGGAAACUCCCAAACAGCUUUUGGUCUUCAACAUCACCAAACCGCCCGUGGACGGCUUCAUCACCCAUAUGUCAGAUCAUACUCGCCCAAUCUCCUCCUUUACAUGGCUCGAUCUCAAUGACAUGCUCAUUGGGUAUCAACCUCCAAACUCCUCACACACCCAACGCAGGAAUUACAAGGUGGAAUUUGAGGUUCAUGAUUUUUUCUUUGAGAAGAGCCCAUCAAUGACUGUUCACGUGUCUGUAAGGAAUGCAGACACGAAUGCACCCAGAGUGUCAUGGAACAUGGGCCUCAGUCUCUUAGAGGGUCAGUCUCGGCCAAUAAUGUGGGAGCAGCUCCAGAUUGUGGACAACGACAACCUGAAUGCUGUUCGUAUCAUCACUGUGGACGGCCUGCAGCAUGGACGGCUCACUGUCAGAGGAGGAAAGGGCUUCAUGUUCACCGUCAAAGACAUCAAAGCAGGCGUGGUUCGCUAUCACCACGACGACAGCGACUCCACCAAAGACUUCGUCAUCUUCCGCAUCACCGACGGCCACCAUCAGACCCGACACAAGUUCCCCAUCAAGAUCCUGCCGAAGGACGACAGCCCUCCGUUCCUCAUCACCAACAUGCUGCUGGAGGUGUCUGAGGGCCAGACGGCGUUACUGAGAGGCUCCACCCUCCAGGCCUCAGACAUGGACUCCAGCGAUGACUACGUCCUCUUUAACAUCACCCGCCCACCACAGGCAGGAGAGGUCAUGAAAAUGCCAACAUCAGGGCUCACAGGUUAUCCCGUCAGCCACUUCCUGCAGAAAGACCUGUCUCAGUCCAUGGUUUACUAUCGACACCUGGGAAACGAGGUGUUUUAUGACUCCUUUGAGGUGGUGCUGUCAGAUUUCCAUGACCCCCCCAACCUGUCAGAGCCUCAAGUGGUGAUGGUGCACAUAGAGCCGGUUCCAGACCAGCCACCUAAAGAAGUUCCCGGUUCCAGCCGCUGUCUUGUGAUCAAAGAAACAGAAGUGGUCCAUAUAACACGGCAACAGCUUCACUUUGUAGACCAGGAGUCCCCCGACAGUGAGCUCACAUACACGGUCACCACCCCACCCUUCUACUCUGGUCCUCGCGGCGGUCCAGAUGCUGGGAGGUUGUUCUUAGUCGACAGCAUACCCAAAUUCACCAAAGACUCCAACGCACCAGUGCUGAGGCUCUUCACACAGCAUGCAGUGAACUUCAUGAAAGUAGCCUACAUGCCUCCAGUCCUGGACAUCGGCCCUUACCCCCAGUAUAUCCAGUUUGUUCUCUCUGUAACCAACCACCUGGGUAAAACAGUCACUGGGAUCUGCUUUAACAUCACUGUGGUGCCAGUGGACAACCAGCCCCCACAGGUUAUUACCAACCCUCUGACUGUAGAUGAGGGAGGGGAGUGCUGGCUCGGUCCUGAACAUUUGCUGCUGUCAGACGUGGACUCCAUGGAAGAAGCCCUGCAGGUGGCGCUUCAGAGGGAGCCACAGCACGGAGCUCUGCAGCUCGGCGGCCUCCCACUAAAACCAGGACACGCUCUCACCGUGCAAGACCUGAAAGACCUUAAAGUUCGGUAUAAUCACGACAGCUCAGAGACCGUAGAGGACUUCAUCGAAUUCACUGCGACAGAUGGCAUCAAUUCAGUCAGUUUCAUGCUGCAAGUGAAGGUGAUGCCCAUCAAUGAUGAGGUCCCAGUGUUGGUUGCUGGUUUGAAACCAGUUCUCAGCUGUGCAGAGGGACAGGAAAUAGUCAUCACAGCUGAGUACAUCUACGCUACUGAUGCAGACAGCGACAACAGCAGCCUGGCCUUCCUGAUCGCCCGCCAGCCCUAUCAUGGUGUGGUUCUCCGAAACUCCGUAGUGAUUGAUCGCUUCAUCCAGGCAGACAUCACUGCAGGGAUCAUCACCUACAAACACACAGGACUGGAGAUUGGACUCACUCCUCGCCAUGACACCAUCACCUUCGUUAUUUCUGAUGGCGAAACAGAAAACUCUGCUUUAUGCUGCGGUGGAGAAAUUCCCAGCAGGACCAGAGGCGUGACUCAGCUACGACACAGUCUGCCUGUGUAUGACCUCCAGGUCACAGUGUUUCCAGUCGACAGCCAACCUCCUUCUCUCACAACAGGAGACAUCUUUAUGGUGGACGAAGGCGGGUCUGCCCCGAUAACUGCAUCCCAUUUGAAGGCUUCUGAUGUGGACACAGCUGUGGACAAACUGGUGGUCAGUCUGAUUUCUCCGCCUCAGUUUGGCUACAUUGAAAAUGUCCUGCCCAGUCCUGGCUUUGAGAAAAGCAACACAGGCAUAAGCAUAGCUUCCUUUUCAUACAAAGACAUCAUUGAUGGUCAUGUGAACUACGUACAGUCCAGACACCAGAGGAUGGAGCCCACAGCCGACCAGUUCAUGCUCUGUGUAUCAGACGGCAAACACAGCUCUGCCCACGUCCCCUUCUACAUUAUCAUAAACCCCACAAAUGAUGAGAUCCCACAGUUUGUGGCUCGGAACAUCACAGUACGAGAAGGAGAAAUGAAGCAGCUGGACUCAUCAGUUUUACAUGCGAUGGACCUGGACAUCCCCAAGAAUGGCUUGCUCUUCAGCGUGGUCAGAGCCCCGCAGCACGGCAGCAUCAUCACCCACAGCAGUGAAGAGACAGACUACAAGAGACGAGAGGCCAGUCCUCAACACUCUGUGGUCGACUUUACAAUGACAGAUCUGUCAAAUGGUAUGGAUCUGAUGUACAUGCACGAUGACUCCGAGAAUACGGAGGACAGUUUUACCAUCCAGUUGACCGAUGGCAGGCACCAACUCCAAAGACAAGUGAUGGUUAAAGUGCUGCCAGUCAAUGACGAGGAGCCUCGUGUCAUCAGGAACAACGGACUGGAGGUGGAGCCGGGGGAAGCCAGGCUUAUUUCCAGUGUUACGCUGUUUGCACAGGACAGUGAUACUCCUUCUUCAGAGGUCAUGUACAUAUUUGAGAGUGUUCCUACCCAAGGACUGCUUCAGCUGAAGGAAGGUCAGGACUGGCUGACGCUGACAGCAGGGAGAAACUGCUCCCAGGAGACGGUGGACAUGAACCUUCUGCGCUACGUGCACACAGGCCUGCACGCUGCUAAAAUACAGGACUUCUUUGUCUUCCACUUGUUGGAUGGAAAGAAUCGAUCGCCCCCGCAGCACUUCCACAUCUCCGUCAAAGAUCUAGAAAAAGGAAGUAUUGCCAUGUUUGUGAAGCCGCUGAACGUCAGCCGUGGAGAUCGUGUGGUUCUCACCACAGAUGUGCUAUUAGCCACAGACGGCACAGAAAAGCCAGAGGAGCUUCUGUACAUCAUCACCAUCCCUCCUGCUCACGGACACAUAGAGUACAUCAAACAUCCCGGACUGGCCAUCUCCACCUUCAGCCAGAUGGACGUAGCAGCCAACCUCGUGGCUUACGUGCACGACAACCGAGCCACCACACCGGCAGAAACCUUUCAGUUUGUGGUGAGUAACGGUAAAACCAGCCGUAAUGGAAGCUUUGAGAUCACAGUGGAGAUGGUGGAUCGCAUCCUGCCGUCUCUGACCUCCAACAGAGGCCUCUCAGUUCCACAAGGCUCCUCCAUGAUCCUGAGUCCAGACCGCCUGGUCCUGUCUGACCCCGACACGCCACCCAACGCCCUGACCUUUGCCCUGCUCCAGCCUCCACAGUACGGCAGGCUGCUUUUAGCCGGUACCACUCUAACUGCUGGCUCCAACUUCACCCAGAGAGACAUACAGGAGCUGGAGGUCACAUAUAAACACGACGGGGGGCCGUCGCAGAUCGACAGAUUCGCCUUCACUGCUUCCGACAGCACCAACCGGGGUUUCCUGCUGGAUGGGCAGUUACAUACGGAACCUGUGUUCUUCACUAUUCAGAUCAAGCCUCUGGAUAAGUCGUGUCCUGAGGUUGUGAAGCUACUUCCUCUCUGGAAAGCUGAGCUUCUAGUCGACGGACGACACGGGAUCUUCGUGUCAUCUCGUGAGCUGAAGGCCCAGGACAGCGACAGCAGAGAAGAAGAGCUGAUGUUCUGCAUCGUUCGACCACCUUACUUUGGUUACCUAGAAAACAUCACCACAGGUGGUUUUGUUCCACAGCGCUUCUCUCAGAUGGAGCUGAACAAGAGGACGAUCGCCUACAUCAUCAACGCAGACAGGGAGUCCCUGUCAGACAGCCUGGAGUUCACAGUGUCGGAUCCUUUAGGGAACACUGGGCCGCCUCACAUACUUGAAUUCAGCUGGUCCACCGUGGAGCUGUCUCAGCCGGAGUACUCUGUGUGUGAGGAGCAGGGGACUGUCUCGCUGGACAUCAUCCGGAAAGGAAACCUGGCAGAGUCUUCUUAUAUCACUGUCAAGGUGAAGGAGGUGACUGCAACAGCUGGAAAAGACUUCCUCAUCAGCCCUUCUUCCCUCAUUCAGUUUGAUCCAGGAGUGUCAAAGAGGAGCUGGCACACUGACAUCAUACAGGAUGACCUUGAGGAGGCUGAGGAGGUGUUUGAAGUGCUGCUGGUCUCUCCUGAAGGCUCAGUGAUCGGCAGCAUCAACAAGGCUCAAGUCACCAUCAAGGACUCAGGACGAGGACAGCAAAGUCUGACCCAGGAUCGGGAGGCUCCUGUUCUCGGAGGAAAAGAGAUCCGUUCUGACACGUACCCCCAGCAUGGAUCCAUCCAACUAGAGAAACUGCCCCUCGGCACAGAAUCAGUCAUCUGGACCCGUGGAGACAGCAUCUCCAGGCCUGCAGCAGAUGUCCCAAAAAAGAAACUCAAAGUGACGGGCAACCCAAAGUCUAUUGCUCCUUCGUCAGUUUUUCACAACGGUACAGACAUUGUUUACACGUAUCACGGCAUCAUGCAAAUGCAAGUAGAGGACGACACCUCUCCAUCGAGGAAGGGCAGAAAGGCUAACAUCCGUGUGGUUAACAGGGGAGCACAGCAGCAGGGGUCAGCUGCGUUUACUAAGUCAAAGUCAGAUCAUCAGAGAAAGAUCUCAAAACCCCAAAAAACAGCUCCGGCUAAAGGACAUGCUCCAGCUGAUACCUCCAUACCCAAGCCCUGUGUGCCAGAACUGAUGGGACUCCUGCAUUUCAACCAAACCACCAAUCAGCUCUUUCACUGCAACGGUGUCUCCUGGAAACCCUGGGCACCAACUGAUCAGCUGGUGAGCGCUCAGAUGUGUCCUCAAGGCUGGACCUUCCAUGGUGGCCACUGUUACACCCUCAGCACUGAGCACAAGGUCACAUGGAGCGCAGCUAACAGGGCCUGCAGGGAGAGAUAUAAAGGUACACUAGCAAGUGUUAUCUCUAAAGUUGACAUGGACUGGCUAUGGGACUUCAGUGGAAGAAAACCAUUUUGGAUAGGUCUGAAUGACAGGGAUGGUCGUGGACGCUGGGAGUGGGCAGGCGGUGAGCCGGUCAGCUACACUAACUGGAGAAAGACUCCUCCUCGCUCCAAAAAGAAGGGAAGCAAAAAGUGCGUCCUGGUGUGGAAAAGGGCAAAGUGGCAAAUCAGGGACUGCAAGAAGAGUAGAGGUCAUCGCUUUGUGUGUUCAAUAAGAACUUGAAUUGAACAGCGUUUACAGCAUCACAGCCAUGAGCCACUGUGUUGUUCGAGAAGGAGGAAAGGACUGCUCCUCGGGACAUUUAAACUGCAAUACACCAGACAACUUUCCAAUACGGAUCAAAGGGAACUUUGCUGGAACUGUUCAUAUCAUUUAUUAUGAGUGACAAUUAUUGUGUCUAAAAAGUUAACUUGCUACACUAAGUGACGUUGUUUACACUGCAUUUAUUCUAAUUAUUAACCACUGAAAGUGUUGUUAUAAGCUUAUACGGAAGCCCUGAGAGGCAAGUGACGAAAAAAAAGAUAAUUGUUCUGAGUUACUUUUUUUUCAUCUGUUUUUUUUUUCCAUCUGCUAUCCGGUAGAAAACGGAUAACCAGAAUUUUUUUUCUCACUUGCCUCUCGGGGCUUCUGUAGUUGUAUAUGUAAAGCUCACAAGAGAUUUUUUUAAAUGUACAGUAUUUAGUCUAUUUUCCUUAUUUCAGACAGAACCAAGGUUGGAUUACCAACAGGGCGCUUCGACCGUCAGCCCCAGAUUCACUGUGUCUCAGUGGUUUAUGAUAAUUUAGUAAAUCUGUUUGUUGAUAUUGUUAAUAAUUUCCUACAGGCCCUGCAACAUUACCUAAGGCACCCUGUGUCCAAAUCUAGUGUUAAGGCUUUUAUUAUUUAGAUUUAUAUUGUGUUUGCAUUGUCCAUAUCCCUAAAUUAAUUUGUGUUUAUUCAGAUUACCACAACCUAAUUGACACACAGCAGAGGAGUACUGCUUGGUUUCCGUGGCUACAGGUUGAAUAUAAUGAAAAUGUCAUGUGUAUUCUGCUGUUCUUGAUGGGAAUGUGGGGGUAAAAGGGAGGGAGCAUACACAAUGCUCAGACAGUGGUGGAGUUGUGGGGGGACUAACAGUACAUUUUUGCCGGAGGAACCCAUAAAAUAUAAUCCGGCCAUGGACAGAACAUCUGCUUCCACUUUGUUUAAUUCUUCAUUCACAAGUCUUUGGUUCAACAUAAGGAUAACGCUUCAUUCCUUCAAAAAUGUCUUCAAACCUCAUGAUUUCUAUUCAUAGACAUGUUUAUUUGGCACUGUAAACAGAAAAAAUAAAUACAUUUCAAGUUGAA